UUGGUGGCUAUUGCGACCAACACACUCCGGCCACAGACGAGCCGUGCUGGCGUCAGGGAAAAUAGACCCUUCAUGCAAUCUUCACGAACCAUCAAACAGAGGAAGAAGAAGACCAACGAGACGGUGUAAACUGUCUCUCAAGGCAGCGUGUUGAAUAUUCCACCUAACCAGUUGUGUAUUGAGCAGCAACAAGUUGAAAUCUUCACGCGAAGCUGAGGAAUAUACAUUUCUCUAUUGUGCGAGAUGUCGACCAGAUUGUACCCAAUCUACCAGCAUGGGAAUCCACAACUGCGAAUAUUUCUUCCAAAUUUCUUUAUGAAACUUAUAAAGCCACCUUACAAACAACCCCCUAAUGUCGUCAACUUCAUUGUGUCCACGCAGAUGACCAAGUUUGAUAUUCAAAAUUAUCUGGAAAAAAUUUACAAUGUUCGUGUGGAAAAUAUAGUUACACAUGUGAAAAUGGGUAAAUUUGAAAGAUGCCAUAAGGGUUAUAUUGUCAAGAAGGAUGACUAUAAAGUUGCUUAUGUCACACUGCCCAAGACAGAGAAGUUUGUGUUCCCAGAGCUCUUCCCAGAAAGUAAGCAAGAAGAGCAGGAUAAGGAAAUGAAACAGCUUGAUGUUCUAACGGAAGAAUGGGAGAAAAACACCCAAAGACAUAAGCACCGGAAGGGAGUUCCAACAUGGUUUGGAAUAUGAUUGCUGUCUGGAAAUAAAGUGCGAUGGAAUUUAAAUGUUCAGAUAAUGAAUUGACUAAGUUUCACCCAGACAGAGAUCCAGUUGAUUACUCUGCUGUUCUAAAACUAAUUGAAUAUUUUUUAAAAAGUAGGAAAUAUCCAUGACCCAUUCCACAGCAGUCGGUGAAAAGAAAAAUUUAAUAAUUGUAUUACUUUCUUUGUGGGUUUUGACCUGCACUACUCUGUAUAUAAAUAAAUAAUAAUUACUUUCCAA